GCAAGCGCGUGGGGACACAGGCGCCGUGCUCUCCCGGGAGGUGCCGUGCUCGUCCGGCCUCAGGGUGCAGCCCCCAGCCUGCCGCGACGCCAGCGCGAUGAAGGCCAAGAACAUCAACUUACUGUUCGCCUUCGUUGCGGUCCUGCUCUUUUGCUUCUGCUUCUGCAUCUCCAAGAUGAACCAAACCAUCGAUCAACUAAUUAAUUGCAGAAACCAUAUUUUGGAAUUUAAGGAAACUAUGCUACGUUUAAAAAAUAAAAGUGAAAGCAAUCACCAAAAUCUAGUGCAAGUCUUGAAUGAAAUCAAGUAUGAAAUUACCAAGACAGCAGACGCAUCAGGAAACUUAGUUGAGAGGAAAGUGAGCAUGCUGAGUGAGAAGGAAAUACUUCCUAACAGAUUUGAAGGCCUCAGGUUCUUCCUCCCUCAUCUAAGGACCGCAGGGAACAUGUACCCAGAUGUAGCCACUGGCAGAGGAAAAGCAGGAGUUUCUUUCGCAUUGGGAAUCACCACUAUUAACAGAAGGAACCACACCUACCUGAAGCAAACGCUGACUUCUGUUCUGUCCAGAAUGACGCCUGAAGAAGAGGAGAACUCUGUGGUGAUUGUCUCUGUCGCUGACACUGAUGGUUAUUUAAAUUCUGUUGUUGACAUGGUUAAAACAAAAUUCAAAAGGCAGGUGCAGUCUGGGUCCUUGGAAGUCAUUUCAAUACCCACCUUCUUUUAUCCGAGUACACUACUGGACAAGGCAAUGGUGGACUCAGAAAGUUGGCAAAUAAAACAAGCAUUGGAUUAUUGUAUUUUGAUGCUGUAUGCCCAACCCAAGGCCACAUAUUAUUUACAGCUAGAAGAUGAUAUCGUAGCGAAACAGAUGUAUUUUACAAAAAUGAAAGAUUUUGUAAAUAGUCUCACUUCAAAAAACUGGCUGUAUAUUGAGUUUUCAGUACUUGGAUUUAUAGGAAAACUGUUUCAAUCGAAGGACCUGCUUGACUUUGUACAUUUUUUCUUGAUGUUCUACAAAGUGAAGCCCAUAGAUAUGCUCUUAAAUGACGUUUUCCUGGUGAGGAUGUGCAACUUGGGAGAGCAUCUUGGGAGCUGUAUACAACGCCAGAAAGAAGUUCGAAUUCAAUACAGACCAUCUCUGUUCCAGCAUGUGGGUACCCACUCAUCAUUUCCCGGAAGAAAACAGUACCUCAAGGACCAUUUUUACUAGGAUUUCGCUAAAUCUCACAAUUUCUUUAAAAAUUGUCAGACUCAUUUUUGGGGAAAAGGGCACAACAAGAAUCAGAUUUUUUCAGAUUAUACUGGAUAAGAGACUACAUUAUACUGUUUAAUAUUAAGCCUUCAGUAAUAAAGAAUAUUGAAGAUAAUAAACACACAAGAAGAAACUUUGUCAUACCCAAUCCUCUGACAUGUUGGUUUCUAACGGUAUCUUUCAGAAACAAGAAGUGUGGGAAGAUAAAUUACCUAGAAGAGGACAAAUCAGUGAACAUAGUACUUGAAGGCAUUAAAUGACUUCUUAUGUCAAGACAAAAGUAGAGCUUUUGUCAGGGAUAUUUUUAGCCUAAAAAGUUGAAUUUUAAAACAGUACAAUUAGAGACAUUACUAACAUUUAAAAACUAUAUUUUAUUGAUGUAGACAUCAAGGCCAUUACACAGAAAUAUCUAACAGCUCAGAAGUGUGCUGCUGUCAUGGACAGGCUCUGUGGGAACUGAUCUGUGUGUUGUGAUCAUUUUGCCAAGAUAUCUGAAGAACUAGAAAGCACAGAUCCAGCCUGGGCCUGUUUGUACCACCAUGUCUUAUAGCUACCUUUUAAUAAACACGUCUCAGCUAUAAACCCA